GAAUUACACCCCCUCCCCUUUCUCUCUCACAAACACAGCCUCACCAACCCUAGAUUCUCCUAAACCCUAUCAGAGCCACCAUCACCAUCUCCCCUUUCUUUCAUUCUGCUCUUCUCCUCGCGUCGCCAGAAGCUAAGGUCGGUUCGGGCUGUUGUUGGCGUCGCCGUUUCCCUGUUCGAGCUCUCUGUCACGGCUUUUCUGCUCCUUCACCGUUGGUCGUCACCGCUUCUCCGCUCCUCGCCGUGAGUCGUCGCUGCUUCUCCCCUCCUUACCGUGAGUCGUCGCUGCUUCUCCCCUCCUUACCGUGCGCCGUUUCUGCUUCUCCCAUCCUCGCCGUUUUUGGCUGUGGCCCCUUCUCUGCUCCCCGCCAAUCUUGUCGUCCCUGCUUCUCUGCUCCGCACCGUGUCUCACCGUCGUUGCUUCUCUGUUUCAUGUUACUGAAGUUCCCAAUUUGAAUUUCUCUGUCUCUCUGCUCUCUGGCUCUAUGCUAUCUUUUCCCCCCUUUGCUGCCAAUCCAGAUAACGUGGCGUGGAAUUGUUGCAAUCUCUGAUAGUUGCCCUCGUCAAUGCCUGAAAUACAGAUGGAUGAACCCAUGGAAAGUGGUGAGAGGCCAGUCUUCAAAGAUAUUAGACGCCACUUCUGUGAAUACUGUGGCAUUUGCAGGUCUAAAAAGAUCUUAAUUACCUCCCACAUCAAUUCACAACACAAGGACGAGUUGGAAAAAGCUAGAGCUGAAGGAAAUAAUGAAGCACAUUGCGAAAAGCCCAACAACACUUGCCAACAAUGUGGUGCUAGCUUCAAAAAACCUGCCUACUUGUUGCAGCACAUGCAAAGCCAUUCACUUGAGAGGCCGUAUGUGUGUACGGUUGAUGAUUGUCAGGCAAGUUACAGAAGAAAGGACCAUUUGACUCGUCACCUUCUACAGCAUGAAGGGAAAACUUUUAAAUGUCCAAUGGAGAAUUGCAACCUAAUUUUCUCAAUAAAAGGUAAUAUGGCAAGACAUGUUAAAGAGAUUCAUGAUGAAGGAUCUACAUCCACAAAUGUAGAAAGUAAGCAGUUUGUAUGCCCAGAAAUUGGCUGUGGAAAGGUUUUCAAGUUUGCGUCAAAGCUUCGUAAACAUGAAGAUUCUCAUGUUAAGCUGCAGUCGGUAGAUGUAGUGUGCUUGGAGCCUGGUUGCAUGAAACAUUUCACUAAUAACCAGUGCCUUAAAGAACAUAUUGAAUCCUGUCAUCAAUAUGUAACCUGCGACACUUGUGGAAGUAGACAACUGAAAAAGAAUAUUAAAAGGCACCUUCGCACACAUGAAGCUGACAAAUCAUUGGCAGAGUUUAAAUGUGAAUUUAAGGGCUGUAGCUGCAAAUUCUCAAGUAAAUCUAAUCUCGUUGCACAUAAGAAGGCCGUGCACUUUAAAGAAAAGCCCUUUGUAUGUGGUUUUCCUGAUUGUGGCCUGAGAUUUGCUUACAAACAUGUCAGAGAUAAACACGAAAAAACUGGGAAACAUGUUUUUACCCAUGGGGAUUUUGAAGAAGCUGAUGAACAAUUCAGGUCAAGGCCAAGGGGUGGGAGGAAGAGAGUGUGUCCUACAGUAGAAAUGUUGGUCAGGAAAAGGGUUACACCACCUAGUCAAUUGGAGAAUUUGUUAUUUAUGCAGCAGUGACCAGAUGAAUUGACCUUUCUGUCCCUGACAUUAAGUAUAUAUGUAAGGUAGAUAAGGUAGAUUUAAGCAUCUUUCCAUGAGUGUGGUACAUGAAGGAUUAGUUUUAGCAUAAUGAUUAGUGUUCACUACAUCUUACAUAUGUUGUGUAAAAGUAUGAAGAGUGGCAUGUGCAUUAUAGUGUAAUCAAUGACAAUAUUGUGAAUAGUAUAUCUUCAUUAUCCUAACAA